GCAAGAGUCAGUCAAGUUAGGCUUCAGUGCAGGCAGGAACAGAGGAACUGCUGCUGUCACUUAAAAAAAAGCCCAGUUGACCAUCCAGCACCAUGGGAAAGAAGAGUCGAGUGAAGACUCAGAAGUCGGGCUCAGGAGCCAGCGCUGUGGUUUCUCCGAAGGAGAUGAUGAACCUCAUCUCUGAACUGCUGCAGAAAUGCAGCAGUGCAGCACCCUCUGCUGGUAAAGAGUUGGAGGAAUACAUCCAGAUCAGAGGCUUGGUAGAAAAGAUCCGCAAGAAACAGAAGGGUGUAUCGAUAGUGUUUGAGGGCAGCAGAGAGGACUACUUCCCAGAGCUGAUGUCCUGGGCUCAGGAGAGCGGGGCUUCCUGUGACGGCUUCAGAGUGGCCAACUUUGGAACAGAGGGCUUUGGCCUGCAGGCCACCAGGGACAUAAAGGCAGAAGAGCUGUUCCUGUGGAUUCCCAGGAAGAUGCUGAUGACAGUAGAGUCAGCCCAAAACUCUAUUCUGGGUCCUCUGUACAGCCAGGACCGGAUCUUGCAGGCCAUGGGCAACGUAACGCUGGCCCUGCACCUGCUGUGCGAGAGGGCCAAUCCAGCGUCACCCUGGCUCCCAUACAUCCGCAGUCUACCACAGGAGUACGACACACCUCUGUACUACCAGCAGGACGAGGUGCAGCUGCUGCUGGGCACGCAGGCGGUGCAGGACGUCCUGAGCCAGUAUAAAAACACUGCACGCCAGUACGCCUACUUCUACAAACUGGUACAGACUCAUCCCGCCGCCAGCAAACUGCCCCUGAAGGACAGCUUUACAUUUGAUGACUACAGGUGGGCGGUGUCCUCGGUGAUGACCCGUCAGAACCAGAUCCCCACUGAGGACGGCAGCCGGGUCACGCUGGCCCUCAUCCCGCUUUGGGACAUGUGUAACCACACAAACGGACUGAUCACAACCGGUUACAACCUGGAGGAUGAUCGCUGUGAAUGCGUGGCUCUGCAGGACUACAAGGAGAAUGAACAGAUCUACAUCUUUUACGGCACGAGGUCCAACGCCGAGUUCGUCAUCCACAAUGGCUUCUUCUUCCAAGACAACGCCCACGACCGGGUGAAGAUCAAGCUGGGCGUCAGCAAGAGCGAACGCCUCUACGCAAUGAAGGCCGAAGUGCUGGCUCGGGCCGGAAUCCCAGCGUCCUGCAUCUUUGCUCUCCACUGUAAUGAACCCCCCAUUUCAGCGCAGUUACUUGCCUUUCUAAGAGUCUUCUGUAUGACAGAGGAGGAACUAAAGGACUACCUGCUCGGAGAUCGUGCCAUCAAUAAGAUCUUCACCCUGGGCAACAGCGAGUACCCGGUCAGCUGGGAGAACGAGAUCAAGUUGUGGACUUUCUUGGAGACCAGAGCUGCUCUACUGCUGAAGACCUACAGGACCACCUCCGAGGAGGAUCGCUCCAUGCUGGAGAAACCUGAUUUAUCUCUUCAUUCUCGCGUGGCCAUCCAGCUCCGCCUGGCUGAGAAGCAGAUCCUGGAGAAAGCGUCAGCCAGCGGUCGGGCCAAGCGUCUGCACUUCGAGAAGAAGCUGGAGGAGGACGCUCCACUGCCUCAGUACGAGGAAAGCGACAUCGCUUUGCUGGAGAAUACUGACGCUGAUGCCAAGCUUCCGAUUAUCCUGCGCAAGCUGGAGGAGGUGGAAGAAGGUCAGGAGAUCCCAGAGGAAGAGCACAGUCCCUUCCUGAAUGGGGGGAAGGCUGUGUAUGGGAUGGAUAUGCAGGCUAAUGUAGACCCAGUGCAGGAGGAAACUCAGGAGAAGGUCAGCAAAGAUGUUAAUUCAGCUUUGGACUCGAUUGAAGGUUCUAACGCAACCCAGAAGGGCCAAAGGGAAGAGGCCAACCUAAGUGCCAGUCGAACUGAAGAGAAUCCCAAAGAGAACAGUGAAUAAAUAUAUUCCACUUACUGCCACAGCCCAUGCUAUUUAUUUAUUUUUGUGUCUCUUAAAUGACUCAGAAAUAUAGAAGCUGAAAUCAAUUUUAAUUCAAGUCGCAGAACUCGAGCGACUGUACGUUCAUCCAGCGUGGCUUGUAUUAGUUGUCCGCUGCUGAACUUGUUUAAAAAAAAUAA